AUGUCGACGUUGUCGACCACGGCACUUGUAGUGGGUGCUGUGGCAGCAGUCUUGCAGGCUGUCACGGUUUUCAAAAUCCUGAUUGUCUUGGCUCCUCGAUGGAGCAACAGCCGAAGCUUUCUGGCAGAAUGGUGUCGGGAGCUUGUGCGGCAGGCGGAGAGAUGGUUGGGAAGGGUGUCUGGCACGAAGAAGCGCAUCAAAGCCUAUCGAGACGUUCAAAGAGCUAUUCUUCAGCAUUCUUGCACGUGCUUUAUUGCAGCUGGUGUGUUUCGCCUCAUACGGAUACAGGUCGAACUUAGCGAGGCCACCGAUCCGGUGUACCUGGCUCUGGACAUUCCUGUCCUGGUAGGCUAUUGGACGAUGCUGACGGUGCUGCUGUUGCCAUGUGAGGUUUCACCAUUUGUUUUGGAUACUCUGCACGCCGGCAUGCAGCUCCUCUGUGCCAUGGCGCACUUCUUUGCAAACGCGGAGGAUGUGGAAGCAGUUGCAUACCUGACCAUUCUCCCACGGCUGGUUUCUGCUUUGUGGGUCCAGUGGGGCUGGAAAGCGCUUAUUGGGCACUGCCUGUGUAGUGGCGUUCUGUGGUGGCGAGAUCUAGACAUGGUCUACAUCGCCUUCGGAUCUCUGUUCUUUUUGAUGACGCUGACCUGCACGCUUCACGGCUCUAUAUCUCUUGCAGCGGAGCAACGCGUUCAGCUGAAGGCCAAGCGUGUCUCUAUGGAGUCAGCGACAGCGCUGAUGAGUGGGAUUUGUGAUUGCGUUGUCGAGCUGGAUGCUUCAUUUAGGCUUUUGGAGGACUCUCCACAACUGGGCACAAUGUUAUUCUGCGAGAACUCUGCCGCAACACUGGUCACGAGCGAGGAUCGCGAGCGAGUAGAGGAUUUCCUGGCGAGCAUGCCGGGCACAAGCAAGGUGUCCCCAACGACGACGACUCGCCUGGUCGACUCUGCUCUAACGCCAAUCAAGACGGAGCUUUACCAGAUGAGCUUCACAGGAGUAGACGGAGAUUCUUGCCGAUUGAUAGGCUUCAAGGAGUCACCGGAUUUCACAGGAAGUACUGUGGCCCCUCUCCGGUCGGACAGCGCCACGCUCACAAUGGCCUCGGAAGCAGCACAAGGGCAGUCGGUAAACAAAGAUUACUCGAUCGUUUUCGAUGCUGUGACUUUCGAAAUUCUUGUUGCCAGCGAUGACUUCGAGAAUCUUUUUGCGAAGUGCACUGGCCACUUCGCUGAUUUCGAAAAGAUGAGUAUAUACGACCUGUCACCAGAUGUGGGCGCCACCUCGCUAAGCAGGCGAAUACAGUCAGCCGUGAACUCUUUCGAUAGUGAUCCUCCGGAGCCGCAGCAGGUGCUCGGGAGCUUUAACCUCUUCGGAGUGUGCACGAUGAAAGCCACUUUGGAGCUGGAGCAUGACCCAUCACUUGUUACUCUGGUUGGCACUUUGCGAUGCAAGGAGCACCGUGAGCAGCCCGUCAAAAAGAUCGGCUCAAAGAUCAGCUCUCAAAGUUCCAGUUCAAAGAGGCGAGAGCGGAAUAGGCGUCGCAGUCUUGCCCUCCAGAGAUUGCAAACAACAGAUGCACGCGACGGAAGAAUCACUCUUGAAAUGUAG